AUGGUCUCUCAUAUGGAGGGGUUACAUGAUGCUCCGAUUAUUGAAGGCUCACGACAGAUAGUUAUCCAUGAAGAGUUGGAAACGGGAAUCAACUCGCAUAUGGGCGAUACAAAUACGGAUGUAACUCUUGUGGAGGAAGCACUCAUGUUGAACCAAGAAAUACCGAACAUAGAUGGGAUUAGUGCCCAGGACGGAAGUGACCCAGCCUAUGUAGAUACGGAACAAGACCAUGAUGUUUUUGAUGGGCACGUUUAUUCAGAUACGGAUUCAGAAGAAGUUACGGAACAUAUUGCUAAGAAAAAACUUGCGGCAUCAGACUCAGAUAUUCAAUCAGAAAAAGAACGUCACAGGAAAGAUUGGGUUUUGAUAGAUGUUGCUCUAAUUUUGAAGAUGGCGGUGUUGGGUUCAUUGAUAGAUGCUAAUACUCAUAAUUUACCUUGGAUGGUGCUGGGAGAUUUUAAUAUUAUCAGAAAUGACUCGGAAAGAAGAGGCGGUAGGCCACGGCUGGCUUUGGCCAUGGAGGAGUUUAAUGGUUGGGUGGAUUCUUGUGGGAUCCUUGAUAUGCCUUUCCGUGGCAGUUCUCUUUCUUGGUGUAACGGUCAUUCAGGAAUUUCCAGACAUUGGGUUCGUCUUGAUCGGUGUUUCCUUAAUAUAGCUGCUUUAGCUCAUGUUUUUCCCGAUGUUAAUAUGGAAUACUUGGCGCGCACCUCCUCUGAUCAUGCACCUAUGGCAGUUGCGCUGGAAAAUCAGCCUGUCAGGGAAGAAAAGCGCUUAGCCCAAAUUGCUAAACAAGGCUGGAUUCAGAAGGGUGAAGCUAAUUCUAUUUUUUUCCGUGCUGUUAGUCGUCGGAAUCAUAAAGAGGCUGGUAACGGUUGUCAAGAGCCUAACCUGGGGGAUUUUGUCCAACCUAUUAUAUCUCAGAGCGAUAAUGAUAUUAUUACUCGUGUUCCGUCUUCUCAGGAAGUAUUUGAUGCUCUUUGCUCCAUUCCGGAAGAUAGUAGCCCGGGGCCUGACGGGUUUGGGUCGGGUUUCUAUCGUUCUUGUUGGCAUAUUGUAGGUGCCGAUGUAGUUGAUGCGGUGGCGGAAUUUUUCUGUGGCAAGGCUCUUCCUUGGUUUUUUAAUGCAACUUUCAUGGUUUUAAUUCCGAAGGUGGAUAAUCCGACAAGUUUUGAUAAGUUUAGGCCGAUCAGCUUGUGCAAUGUGUUCUAUAAAAUUUGCACCAAAAUCAUGGUUAAUCAUCUUUCACCCCUGCUUGAUAAAAUCAUUUCUCCUGAACAAGGAACCAUCCUUUCGGGCCGUAGCAUUUUUGAAAAUAUAAGUUUGACGCAAGAGAUGAUUCAUGCUAUUAAUAAACCAGCUCAUGGUGGGAAUGUUGCUUUGAAGAUUGACAUGGCUAAGGCUUAUGAUACGGUGGACUGGCCUUUUCUUAUGCAUGUUCUUAAAGCUUUUGUUUUCUCUGAUUUUUUUUGCCUGAUGAUUCGUCACUGUAUCACUAAUCCCUGGUUCUCUAUAGUCAUGAAUGGGGUUCCCAAAGGUUUUUUCAAAGGUGGUCAUGGGUUGAGACAAGGUGACCCCAUAUCUCCUUGUCUAUUCAUUAUUGUGGAGGAAAUCAUUUCGAGGAUGAUAAAAAAUCAGAUACAUAUGGGUAAGAUUGUUCCGUUUUAUCAUCCUAGGGGUACUCCUAUUAUUUCUCACCUUCUUUAUGCAAAUGAUAUAGUUCUUUUCUGUAAUGGGGGCAAGGCAUCCUUGAAAGCUAUUAUUGAUGUGUUGAGGAAGUAUGAACAGUGGUCGGGGCAAGCAGUUAGCAAAAACAAAUCUUCUAUUUAUUUCUCUUCUCAGGUUUCUGCUUCUAGACGUCGGGCUCUUCUUCGGUUCACUGGUUUUACGGAAGGAAUUUUUCCUUUUAAAUAUUUGGGAGUUCCUAUUAUUUCUGGAAGAUUGAAGAUUGCUCACUUUGAUGAUUUGAUUGCUAAAGUUCAGACCAGAUUGGAGGGUUGGCAAACCAGAUUGUUAUCUAGCAGGGCGCGGUUGAUUCUUAUUAAACAUGUCCUCCAAAGCAUACCCGUACAUAGUCUUUCUAUCUUAAGGACUCCUAAAGCCGUGAUUGAGAAAUUGCAAAGAAUCAUUAGUACAUUUUUUUGGGGUGUCAGAGAUGGGAAAGCUAAGAAAAAAUGGCGUUCUUGGAUGGACAUUUGUAAGCCUGUCUCGGAAGGAGGGUUGGGCAUUCGUAGUCUCCAAGAUGUGCAAUCUUCUCUCCACAUGAAGUUAGCUUGGAAUUUUUUGCAAGGUACUUCUCUUUGGUCCAAUUUUUUUCAUGCUAAAUAUGUUGGUGACAAACAUAUCUCUAUGGUGGACUCUACGAAAGGUUCUAUUUCUUGGAAGAUAAUUUUGCAGAAUAUUCCUUUAGUGCAAGCUAAUUCUAAAUGGAAAGUGCGGGAGGGUAAAAUCCAUUUUUGGCUUGAUAAGUGGGCUGAUGAUGGCCCUCUUGGUACUAAUACUCGGAUUUCAGAUAUGCCGAACCUUAAAUUGAAAGAUUGCAAAUCUGGGUUGGGCUGGAAUAUGGAUCUGUUUACUCGGUUGGUUGGUCAUCAAAAAGCUGAGGAUCUUAUUUUGCAAUUGGGCCGGGUUAAUAAUGGGAAGGAUGUUCUGAUUUGGCUCCCUAAUGCUGAUGGGCUUUUCUCUACCAAAAGUGCUUGGAAUUGUAUUCGAACGAGGGGCCCAGAUUUCCCUUGGGCAAAAUGGGUCUGGCAUCCUGCCCUUCCCAAGAAGAUGUCGAUUACUAUGUGGAAAGCCAUUCAUGAUUGCCUCCCGGUGGAUGACAGAAUCCGUAGAAUAGGUAUUCCUAUUGCCUCCCGUUGCGAUUGUUGCUCUGAACCUAAGUAUGAAGAUCUUAAUCAUAGUCUUGCGAGAGGUCCUUCAGGUGCCGGUGGCAUUAUUCGGGAUGAUAAAGGGAACAUGCUUUGUGGGUUUGCAGUUGAAAUAGGGCAUAACUCUAAUAAUCAUGCAGAGUUGAUGGGUUUACUUCAUGGACUUCGUCACAUUGGUUUAUUGGGUGUUGUAUCAGUGGAAAUUGAACUUCAUUCCAUGUUAGUCCUUAACUGGUUGAGAAACAAACGCUGUGGCCUUUGGUACAUGGAAGAUUAUUGGGAUGAAAUUCAAAGUCGUCUAGCUAGGCUUCAUGUCUCUCUUGGUCACUGCUUUAGGGAAUGUAAUUCGGUCGCGGAUGGCUUUGCCAAACUGGGUGCCAAUGGUCAAACUGUUUUCUGGUCUUCCUUAUCAGAGUUGCCUACUCACAUUAGAGGUAAUAUCCAGCUGGAUAAAGGAGGUUUCCCUUACCUUCGGAAAAUUCGAAGAUGUUGCUAG